AAAGUAAUUGCAAUAUCACUACUACGAUGUCGGACUCCGAGCUCUUGGCGAAAAUAACUUAUUUCGAAGAACAGGCCCUUCUUAAUUUCUCGGACGAUGAGCCAUAUACCCCUAACGAAAGUGUGCUCAACCUUGAACGCGCGCUGGAAGAAUCAAAACCUGUACUAUUAACCUCACUACUGAGCCACUCGAGUAGUUUCAAUGGGCCAACGCCUCGAGAAAUACAGGCACAGUUCGAGGAGCAUACAGAGAGACGGCGCACUUCUAAUCGGCAAAUCAAUCAAAAGUUAACUCGAUCAUCUACGGUACCACAAACUGAGACCGCCGAGAGUGUCCAAAUCCCCAAGUCACGCAGCGGUCUUAAUGUGGGUACAAAUAACGGCAAAAGCCGUUUAAAGAGGACGAUAUCUCUGUCCCAAAUAUUCGACAAAGAAUGUACCCCGUUUUACAAACGCGUGGGCGCCAUCCCUCGUGAGCUCAAAAGCGGAAAAACUGUGAAGCCUGCCCAUAACAUCAAGCUUGUCCCCGAAAACAAGCAAUUGCUCAAAGAGAAGAUCGUCUACUUUUACCCUAAUGAUGAUAUCUCCAUGGCACGACGAAGACGCAUACACAAGGUCAUUCAGCUUGGUGCUGCAUGGGCGGACAAAUGGAGCGAUAGUAUCACGCACGUCAUGUCUGAUGAUGGGACGUACACAUAUAAUCAAUUGGUGCGGCAUCUCGGCAGACCAAUACCUCCAAACGUCGUGGUGGUCAAGUUCGAUCCAUAUGUGCCGCAAUGUAUUAGUCGUGGGGAGCUCUUAGACCCUACUGUUUCAUACUUCGCUGUAAAAGAUGUCCAAGGGGUAGGCGAACUUGAUCAAGCACCACACCUCUCCCAUAUAUCAACUACAUCGCAGAGCUCGCUAAAGAUAAAAUCCUCUAAAAGAAAGAAAGCGACACAGGAGACACAAAAGACCGACUCACACCCCACGGAAGAAAGCGUACCUUCCACUCAUCCCAAUACAGAUGCAGCGCCCUCGAGUCCUCUCGAAGAAACAGUAGAAGACAGCUUCAUUAUGUCCUCUCCAGGGGCUGCUAUAGUCUCAGGACAGAAAGGUAGAGAUCAAAUUGGGGAUGCCCUGUUCCAAGCCAUCCAGGAGGCUAAGUCCCUCGCGUAUCUACCCAUUAAUGAAAAUGAAGAGGCAGAACUAGUUAGUCCAAGAGGUGUGAAUACUAUAGAGAACUUGAACACGGAUCAAGAGCUAUUGCCAAUGGGUACCGAUUACCUCAAGAGGCUCAGUGUUUUGUCGAAAGCAUCAGCGUUGCGCGACAAGAAAUCGUUCGGUAUGAACAGUUUCCAAUGUAUGGACCCAAGUGCCAGUAGCAAUGUUUCAUGGAACCCAAAUGCCCGAACUAUUCAGAUACUAGAAGAGAUGUGUAAGUACUACGAUAGAAUGCAGGACCAAUGGAGAACCCUAAGCUAUCGAAAAUGCGUUGCCACGCUGAAGAAACAAACGGUCAAGAUCACUACUGCAGAACAAGCCGCAAAGCUACCUUCUAUCGGUACACACCUUGCCGCAAAGAUCGAAGAAAUAGUACUCACAGACCGUCUCCGAAGACUCGAAAGCACCUGUCAUAACCCUCAAGACGUAGCCCUACGUUUGUUUCUUGGUAUUUAUGGCGUCGGCCUUGUCUGUGCCAACAAAUGGAUCCAAGCCGGCCACCGCACUCUCGAAGAUCUCAAGACCAAAGCUACGCUCUCUGAAAAUCAGAAGAUCGGACUCGAAAACUACCAUGAUUUCAACUCCCGCAUCCCACGCGCCGAAGUCGAGGCCCACGGCGUUAUCGUCGCCGCCGCACUCAAGGAAAUCGACCCGGAAUUCAGUGCAACGAUAAUGGGAAGCUACCGCCGUGGAGCACAGGACUCGGGCGACAUCGAUAUAAUUCUGUCACGGCCCAACAUGUCACCUACCGCUAUGAGCACUACCAUCUUCGAAGUCCUCAUCCCACACUUAUACAAAACCGGCUUUCUCAAAGCCUCACUAAGAUCAUCCCGUUAUAGCGACUCCAGCAGCUCAAAAUGGCACGGCGCAUCCUGUCUCCCGUCCUCCACCAUUUGGCGCAGAAUAGACUUCUUGAUCGUUCCGGAGCAGGAAAUGGGUGCCGCACUGUUGUACUUUACGGGUGAUGAUGUUUUCAAUAGGAGUAUGAGGUUGUUGGCAAGGAAGAAGGGUAUGAAGCUUAAUCAAAGGGGGUUAUAUAUGGAUGUUUUGAUAGGGAGGAAGGGGGAAAAGCUGAAUCAUGGGGUGUUGAUUGAGGGUAAGAGUGAGAAGAGGAUUUUUGAGAUUUUGGGCGUGCCAUGGAGGGAGCCGGGGGAGCGGGUUUGUUAGGCGGGGUGAGGUAUGAGGGUUCGAUACGGUCUAGCUUGGAUAGUGGAUGUGGAUAACCUUGACCUGAUGGAAUGAGUAGUGAAUUUGGGUUUUUUGAUUGGGUUUGAGAAGUAUUGAUAUAUCGAUCGAAUAGCUUGGGUAGGAAUUAUAUCAUACAUAGCAAAUACUUACAUAUAUUACACUCUGUGUCAAGACUUUCAUCUCGCGCUACGUUUG